GGCGUCUACAAAUGUAACGACAUAAAAAAUCUGUGCUGAGGGAUAUGUGAAUUUUGUCUUAUCUUAGUGCUAAUAAGUCAUAAACAAGUAUACUCCAAGCUGUAUGAACAUUUGGUGAAACUAUCUUAAUCGAAUAUUGUGUCAAAAUGGCAAGUAGCAACUCUAAACAGACCAAAAUUGGUUCAUUCCUCGUCGAGGAAAAGGAAAAUGGCCGCCAUUCAAAAAACGACGAUGACAUGGCAAAACCGAGAGCUUCAAAGAGACGUUUAGCCGGAAGCAGUAGCAGUAAGUUUAGUAUACCUGAAGGCUCUGAUUCUGAAGAUUUUCUAAGUGAGAGUGAAUAUGACACUUUUGCUGAUUCUAAUGAAAUAGACUCAAGUGGCCAACCCACCAAAAAAUGGAUCGUCAAACUAUUUCAAAAAACUCUCCUACAACAUGAGGACGAAAUGUCUAAAAGGAUAAGCAAAACUGUAAAUAAAGCAGUGACUCGGGCCCUCCAGUCUACACAGACUAGGGUGACCAAACUGGAGGAAGAGAACGCCACUCUGAAAGUAACUGUGAGUAGUCUUGAAAAACGUAUUGAUCAAAUAACUAU